AUGUCGGAAAGUGGUUUGGACCCAACCAUGGAAUCCAAAUAUACCAUUGCAACAACAGCAAUCAUUGACAAGACAACCACAGAAGGAGGAGGAGAUUUCUUUCAAAAUUCCAAUCCAUUAUCUUCCGAAAGGACGACUGAACAACAAGGCUCUUCGUUGUUUGAACUCAAGGAUCAAAUUCCUAAAAACAGUAAUAGUAGCAGCACGAACUUGUUGGUACAAUCUUCAUCCAUUGGGGUUGAGAACCAUGAUGGAUCUGUUGUGAAUUUGAAUUCAGAAUUUAUCGAUACUACUACGAAUACUCUCAAGAAAUCGGAAACGAUGGAAGUGGUCAAAGCUCUCGAAGAAGAAGAAAUGACAAAAUACAAGAUGCAACAAUUUUUAAGAAAGUAUUGUGUUUCAUUUCCAAAUCCUGUGGUUUAUGUGUUGGUUAUUGUUUUUGGAUUGUCUUCGUGGAUUGCAGUGAAUGGUAUUUACAGUGAAAUUCCAAUUCUUGGAAUGAACUUACCUGAAGGAUAUGCCAUUGCAGUCGAUAUGAAUUUGAGUUUACAAUUGGCUAAUAUUGUGCCGUUCUUAUAUUUUUUGUUGAUGGUUUUUAGGAGAGCUUACAAAUUGAUUCGAAUGAAAAAAGAAUCUUCUCAUUCACCUCAACCACAACAACAAUCUACAUCCACUACAUCUGUUCAUCAACAAUUUGAAUGGAUUGACACGAUUUUCAUCAUUUCUUUACUUGUCAUUGGUAUUGCCACCUUAAUCUUAAUGUCAUUUUUGUGGAAUGUUCAAGUUUCAGGAAGAUCAUGGCCUUUCCUCAUUUUAAUGUUCUUUGUUGGAGUGUGUGACUGUACGUCUACCUUGUUAUAUUAUCCAUUUGUGUUGCAUUUCACCUAUGCACAUUCCAGCGCCUUGUUGAUUGGUGAAUCGUUAACGGGAUUGGUUGCUUCUGUCAUCUCCAUCAUUCAGACGCCAUCAGACAAAAUUCUUUUAUUUCCAUUCUGGGUAUUUUGCAUCAUUUUAGCUGGAAUUACAUUUUUAAGUUUUGUUGCUUAUUGUUUAUUAAGGUUUUUACCUUAUUGCAGGAGAGAGCUUCGAAGAGAAUUUGACACACUCACAGAAGAAAAGAAGAAGAAAAUUCUCAUGAAAAAGCCAAUCUUGACAUGGUCAGCAAUACGUUUACUCAUUUUCCAAACCUUUUUGAGUUUUACUGAAAAUGGUUUAAUUGUAUCGAUCUUACCCUACGUCUUUCAAAAUUAUAGACAUCAUGGAACAUUGCUUCGAUAUGCCAUUACGUUUGGAAUGAUUAUUGCUCCAAUUGCAAGUGGAGUGGCCUAUUUGGUUCCAUUUUACAAUUUUUUCGUGGCCAUGUUUUCUCAUCUGGGUUGGAUCAUUGGAGCUUGUUUGUUGUUCUUUAUUGCUCUCAACAAUCCAAAUCCUCCACUCAAACAUUCGGAAGGAUUCGGAGCCUUUUUGGUUUUGGUGACAUUAUUGACACGAGCACUCAUUUCAUUCACCAAAACAAAGGAAUUUCUCACGUGUCACGAACGCAUUGAGAAGGAAGAUAAUGAAAUUUUCCUUAAAUUAACCAAAGCAGAAAAAGAGAAACGAGAGCAACCAGAAACGUCUCAAGAAGGUUUGGAUAAUGGAUUAACACCUCUCAACGGCUCCUCUGUGACCAAUGAGAACGCUGGUCAGAAUUCAUUAUGGUUGAAUAUGAAACAAGUAUUGGAUUUGAAUCCAUUCCGUCUUGCUGGAUUUGGUAUUCAAUUGGGAGCCUUAAUUGCAACCAUCAUUGUCAAAGCUUUACAGGAAUCUAAAUACUUUGGAUAA